AUGCCAAGUGUUGAUUCAAAUUCAUCUUAUUCAUCAUCCGAUUCAUCAACUUCGUCUCUAUCAUCUCCACGCAUACUUCUAACUGAUAUAAGACAACAACAACAACAACAACAACAACAAGCAAUACAAUACGAUCAACAACAUCAAAUGAGAACUACAAAUAGUAGUACAUCACAAAUAACUUCAUCACAUAUAUGUGUAACACGUUAUAAAACAGAAUUAUGUCGACCAUUUACAGAAACUGGAAAAUGUAAAUAUGGUGAUAAAUGUCAAUUUUCACAUGGAAUUAAAGAAUUAAGAAUAUUAAUGCGUCAUCCAAAAUAUAAAACUGAAUAUUGUCGAACAUUUCAUACAACUGGUUAUUGUCCAUAUGGUCCUCGAUGUCAUUUUAUUCAUGAUAUUCAUGAAGCACGAACAACGGCAAAUAUCAAUGAUACAACAAUGCGACGACAUUCCGAUGUACGAACUAAUCAAUUUAUACAAAAAUCAACGACUAGAAAUCGUAUUACCAGUGAUUAUACACCAUUAUCUCCUUCUCAUAUAAUAACUAAUUCAAAUUCAUCAAAAACUCCUUUUUCAUUUCAAGAAAUUAAUCGAGCUUUACUUUCCUAUGAAAAUAAUAGUGAUCUAAUUCAACAGCAAUAUCAACAACAGCAACAACAGCAAAAACAAGAAUUUUAUUCAUCUAUAUUAUCAACAAUGACAAACUCAUUAACACAUCGUACAUUUUCAUCAUCAUCAUCAUCGAACAGCAGUUUAGCUCCACAGUAUGUUUAA